GCAUUUUAAUUUUCGCCAAGUACCAAACCUUUUUUUCUUCUUCUUCUCUCUUUGUUUUUGUUUGCUUUGCAUGCACAUGAAUCGCUUGCUGUCUUUCACAUCGCCGAUUCAACUCGUCCCUACUCGGAACUCCUCGUUUCAUCUACUUCCGUUGCUCGAUUCUCUUUUGUAGUCUUUUCCCCCCCCUUCAAAUCCUCGUGUCUUUUGUAGUCGCUCAUAGUACAACAAAAAGUCGCCGUCGUGUCUUUUUCGUUACGAUAUUCAACGCCACCGGCGCGGAACCUCCGGGAUUAAAUUUAGAGCAUGGCGUUGAAGAGUUGCAUGAAUGAUCUGUGCGGCGCUUCCACGUCGAUUGAGUGGAAAAACGGCUGGGCUUUGCGAUCUGGCGGUUUUGCUAAUCUCUGCGAUAAGUGCGGGUCUGCAUAUGAGCAAUCAGUAUUCUGUGACAUAUUCCACUCGAACGAGUCAGGGUGGAGGGAGUGUACUUCAUGUGGCAAGAAUCUCCACUGUGGAUGUAUUGCUUCCAGGUGUUUGUUUGAGCUUCUUGAGAGCAGGGGCAUCAUCUGUACAAGCUGCGCUAAAAGAUCAGGAUUGAACCCUACAACUGAAGAUGUAAAGCCUAAUGGAUCUGGUAUAGUGAAGGGUGAUGCUGGUCAAUUUCACUCGAUAACAGCAGACAAUCAAUUAAGUGGCGUUGGCAAUGAAAACCUAAAGCUUAUACAGUUGAAGAACAAUGCAGAAAGCACUGGGCUGGGACUAUUGCUUCAGCUUCACAAUAAUGACUCAAGUAAGUCCUUGGGGCAAAUGAAACAGGAGGAAGUUUUUCCUCCUGCAAUCGACAUUGGAAGCACAUUCUUGUCAAAUACUAAUCAAACAUCGAAUGGAUCAGUUCAAGCUGUGAAACCUACCAUUUCUAAAGCUCAUAUUUCUGAGACAUCGCCACAAAAAAACUUAAGUAUUUCGUUGGGUGGUUCAUUAGGGAACCAAAAUGUCUUUCUUGGUUCAGUUGUAGAUGAAAAAGGUAAGAUGUCCUCAGUCUUGCAGCAGGCAUCAAAAUCUCUCCAUCUUCUACCCAAGCCUCCAAAGCCAGUGCUUGCAACAGGUUUGGAAGUGAAUGCAAGCAUGGUUCCCCAGAUACGCGUUGCUCGGCCUCCAGGAGAGGGACGUGGACGAAAUCAGUUGCUUCCUCGUUAUUGGCCGAGGAUUACGGAUCAAGAAUUACAGCAAAUUUCUGGAGAUCCAAAUUCCACCGUUGUUCCUCUGUUUGAAAAGGUUCUGAGUGCGAGUGAUGCUGGGCGGAUUGGACGGUUGGUUCUGCCAAAAGCAUGUGCUGAAGCUUAUUUUCCUCCCAUAUCUCAACCAGAGGGCCUUCCUCUAAGAAUUCAAGAUGUAAAGGGAAAAGAAUGGGUGUUUCAGUUCAGAUUCUGGCCUAAUAACAACAGCAGGAUGUAUGUUUUGGAGGGCGUGACUCCUUGCAUGCAGUCUAUGCAGUUGCAGGCUGGAGAUACUGUAAUAUUUAGCCGCAUGGAUCCAGAAGGGAAGCUGGUUAUGGGGUUUCGUAAAGCAACAAACAAUGCGACAGGGCAGGAAACUCUACCAUCUGCCAUUCCUAAUGGCACUCUUUCACGUGAAAGUUUCUUUUCGGGUGUUUUUGAGAAUCUGCCUAUAAUUAGUGGUUACUCUGGCCUUCUUCAGUCACUAAAGGGAAGCACUGAUCCACACUUAAGCGCACUGUCCAAACAUUUGAGUUCAACCGGUGGUGAUUUUAGCUGGAAUAAAUCUGGGAAGCAUGAGGACAUGAUAAAGGAGGGAUUAUUACUACCGUCGAUGUUAACUCCAGAGAGAAAAAGAACUCGGAAUAUCGGGUCCAAAAGCAAGAGGUUGUUGAUUGACAGUCAGGAUGCUUUGGAGCUGAAACUUACUUGGGAAGAGGCACAGGAUUUGCUCCGCCCACCACCAAGUAUCAAGCCAAGUGUUGUCACGAUCGAGGAUCACGAUUUUGAAGAAUAUGAUGAACCUCCAGUUUUUGGGAAGAAGAGCAUCUUUGCUGUCCGUUCAACCGGGGGACAAGAGCAAUGGGCUCAGUGUGAUAGUUGUUCUAAAUGGAGAAGGUUGCCCGUCGAUGUUCUUCUCCCACCCAAAUGGACAUGUGCCGACAAUAACUGGGACCAAAGCAGGUCAUCAUGUUCUGCACCAGAUGAACUCUCCCCAAGGGAGCUAGAAAAUCUUCUUAGAUUGAACAGAGAUUUCAAGAGAAGGAGAAUAGCGGCAUUCCAGAGACAAACCCCAGAGCCUGAAUCAUCAUCUGGUUUGGAUGCUUUGGCCAAUGCUGCAAUCCUUGGAGACAAUGUAGAUAAUUCAGUCACAACGUCCGUGGCUACCACAACUAAGCACCCGAGGCAUCGUCCCGGUUGCUCUUGCAUUGUAUGCAUCCAGCCACCGAGUGGGAAGGGAAAACACAAGCCAACAUGCACAUGUGUUGUGUGCAUGACGGUUAAACGUCGUUUUAAAACCCUCACGAUGCGCAAGAAGAAGCGUCAGUCGGAGCGUGAAGCGGAGAUGAUUGCUCAGAGGAAUCAGCAAGCAUGGGGUCCCAGCGAAGAAGCGGAAGUGGACAGCAGCUCCAAAUAUGUAUUGUCGUCACGCCUCGAUCCAUCCGAGAACGAAGCAAGAUCGGUUAACGAGUUAGAACCCAAGAGUCAGAGCACCAGCAAGUCGGUUGAAGCUAGCAAGGGACAGAUAGAUUUGAACUGUGAUCCUGACCGUGAGGACGAUUUGCAAUUAGGUCCGGAUGGCCCGAGCAUGACGAGUCUUGUUCAAGUGGCAACCCUUCCAUUGGAGGCAUAUCUGAAGGAGAAUGGCCUCACAAGAUUGGUGUACGAGCAGCAAGGAAACUCGGCACCGUCAAACGCUCCGCCGCAGAGCACGAGCGGGACUGGGGAGGGUGAAGCACAUGAUAAUGGCGGAUUCCCAUCGGCCAACGAAGAGCCUGAGAGUAAGGAAGAAGGAAAUGGCGAAACUGGGUCCAACGGAGUCGAUGAAAAAGACAAGGAUCCUCAAUGAGACAUUUCCUGUUUCUGUUUGUUUUGCUUGAAAUUCUUUUUAACUCCCUUUGGUUUGGUCUUCUUUUUCGAGUAUAAAAUCCAUAAGUUGCCUGACAUUCGGGGCUUCAAUCCCCAAAUAUUUAUGUAUUAAAACAAAAAUGCCAUAAAUACA